CCAGCGAAUCCCCGACUCUCUCGGGCGACGUCGCUCACCUCACCGCCCGCAAUGGCGGCCGUCGGCUCUCAACCGCCGUCCGCGCCAGCCUCGCCCAGCAGCCCCAGUCGGAAACCCGUCGGUGGGAUGCAUGGCUUGUCCCCCAUCGAACGCUACGACUGGGGGGAGAAUGUGAAGCCUCUGUCCGGCAUGCCCGUAUCCGAGUCGCCGAGGCUACGACAGUCUCCCGUCUCGCCCGUCAAGGUCAACUUUCAGCCCGACGACUGGGCCAGGCCAUCCACCGGGAACAUCGAGACGCACAUCCCGCACGGCCAGCCUGCCCCCCUCCCGGCCCUCGACCGUGCCCUUCCAAAGACGCCCGAUGCCCCUACACCUCCCCCGCACACGCCUUCCUCCCAUCCCGAGCACGGCCAUGCGCAGACUUCAGCUCCCGAUGCCUCAGAUUUUCGGCCGGCCUCCAGUAGCACCCAGAAACCGUUAGAGCCGCAGACCGCCGCCGCCCUGAGUUCCAAAUUCGAUGAGCUGAGCAUGAGCGACCAGCUCGGGGGAGCAGGGGAGAACCGAAACAGCAGGGAGUCGGACGCCACGGCUAGUACCUCGCGGCAGCAGACGUCCAUCGAGUCGUCAGCAACCACAAGCGCUAGCUCGGUCUCUGGGAUCCUCGAUUCCUCAGACAUUCAAGACAACUCGGCAGAUGCAUCUGCAGAGAGCUCUGUCAUCGACGAUCCCGCGCUCCGGCCCGAGCCCGUCCCUCAGUUGCAAUAUCACCAUUCGGCCUUUCUUCCACGCCCCGCCAGCAUGGCGGUGACUCAGGAUCCGCGAGCUCAGUCAAACCCGAACCUGGCCGAAGGCGGGGCUAUCAACCGCCACCUAACGCCAACUACCAACGCCCAUAGGAGGAGCUCGUUACCGCGGCCGCAAUCUGCGUACUCGGCGUAUUCGGACCUGGGUCCCCGCGGGCGUUCCCCUGGCCACUUGGGCGGCUCACAGAUCCGGGCUCCCUCGGCUCACUCUCGGAAAUCUCCCGAAACGCGCCCAUCCUCGUUUGCGGACUUGCUCAACGUGCCGUACCCGCAGCCGGCCCCGGCGCCCAUCACGUUUGACAAUUCCCAGCUACGGUCCGUCGUGGGGAACAAUGCGUCUCUGCUCAGCACCGAGAAGACUCUGGAAAUGUACCGGCAGAACGUGAAGAAGACAAACGACUUUUCCAUCCUGUAUUCUUUUGCAGUCUUUUUGAUAUCCACCGCUCAGGAACAAGGUUUGGAUUUCGAGGAUCUGAAGAAGGCCAAGAGCCCUAAGCCCGGAUCGGGAACACCGCCUCAGUCGUCCCCAUACGAAUUGAUUCGGGAGGCUCGCGCCAUUCUGCAGAAGCUGGCAAACAACAGCUACCCAUUUGCCCAGUACUACCUUGCCGAUGGCUACGCGUCGGGCUUGUUCAGCAAGGGGAAGGAGGACUACAACUCGGCAUUCCCGCUUUUCGUCCUAGCUGCCAAGCACGGCCACGCCGAGUCGGCGUACCGCGCCGCGCUGUGCUACGAAUUCGGCUGGGGAUGCCGCAAGGACCCGGCCAAGGCUGUGCAGUUCCUCCGCACCGCGGCCUCCAAGAGGCAUCCGGGAGCCAUGACGAGGCUGGGGAAGGCCUGUCUGUCGGGUGAUCUGGGAGAGAAGCGGUAUCGGGAGGGUAUCAAAUGGCUCAAGCUCGCGGCCGAAGCGGCCGACACCAUCUAUAAUGCCGCUCCCUACCACCUCGGCUGCUUGUACGAGACCGGAUAUGGUGACGACGUUUUCCAGGAUGAGAGCUACGCCGCCGAGCUCUUCACCCAGGCCGCAGACCUCGGCCACCCCGAGGCGAACUACAGGAUGGGUGACGCAUACGAGCACGGGAAGCUCAACUGUCCCAGGGAUCCGGCCCUCAGUGUACAUUUCUACACGGGCGCCGCCGAGCGCGGUCAUGCCGCAGCAAUGAUGGGCCUCUGCGCUUGGUAUAUGGUAGGCGCGGAGCCAGUCUUAGAGAAGGACGAAGAAGAAGCCUAUGAAUGGGCACGGAAGUCGGCUGAGCUAGGUAAGUAUUUCUGCCGAUGCCAAUUUCGCCGCCCUCACGGAGAGCUAACUCAAGCCGUUCGAUUUGUCAGGUUACGUCAAAGCGCAAUACGCUGUUGGAUACUUUACCGAGAUGGGCAUAGGAUGCCGCCGAGACAUUCUCGAGGCGAAUGUUUGGUACGUCAAAGCCGCCGAUGCGGGCGAUGAGCGCGCAAAGCAGCGCCUUGCUGCGAUCCGCGCUGCGGUCAGCGGAGGGACGCCGAUGGACGCCGCACCGCCUCGGAAUGCUAAGGUCAGGAAGAGCGGCGGCGACGGUGACUCCAAAGAGUGCAUCGUAAUGUGAAAGGUUUGGGGGGUUGGGAAAGAAAAAAAAAAUUCGACACUGCGGUGAGCCAGCGGACGGGACUGAUUAAUUGUUUAAUACGUCUCUUUGACACAAGCGCCCCAUGGUCCGGCUGAUCCUCGGGGGGGCCUCAGUCGGACGGUUGAAUUGUUGAGGCGUCAAUAAUGUCAACGGUAAUACUUUCUUGUCUUUUUUUUUAUUUUGUUUUGUUUUCUUUUUAGAUUCAUCUCCCUGGAAUCGGGCAUGCGGCACCUCGCCUCGCAACACCAACUUAUUAUUGUUGUCACGACUUCGAUUCUCUCGGGUGGAGUUGGUUAUGGGGACUAGCCGUGCCCAACUGUGCUCGGCAGUCCGGUGAUCCACGGGGGGUGCAUGCCAGAGAUUCUCCUUAUUUGGAGACUCUAUUUACAGCUGGACAAGUACAUAGCAGCAUGGGAACAUCGAAAGAGGGUUAGAGAGGAGGGUCAGAGAUGAAUUUAAGCGGAAGAAUGGAAGGGGGUAGUUCGCCUGCUCGGUGUCUGCCUACC